AUGCCUUGCCCUAUCACUGUCACCAAAUUCAUCGGGACCGUGUCCCUAGGCCUGCUUACGGGCGUGUCCUACGCUACAGCAGCUAUAACGAUCCCAACCUUGAAAGCCCUACCCACAGCUUCGCAUGCUACACGAGCCUUGAAAGAUGUCAAGAAACUCUCGCGGAAACACGCCAUUCGACUAUCCAACCUAACCAGCACCUGUCUUUUCUUCGCAUGGUUCGUUGCGUCCAGGCGCAAGAAGCACCCUUAUUUGCUUUGGGUAUCUUUAGCAUCCACGCUCAGCACCUGGGGCGUUGAUUUCUGGUUCAAUCGUCAACUUGGUCUGGGUGGCUGGCUGCGCAGCGUUGUGGAAGACAUUGAAUUUCCGUCUCUUACUGUCAAGAAGACGUCCUCGGGUUCUUCUUCUCCCUCGUCAGCGAAGAAAGACGAAGAUCUUGUCGUUGUCGAAGCAGACUUCAAUGGGGAAAGUAUAGAGCAAGAUUUGGCGCGUGAACGUCGCCUCCAGUCUGUUCGCACUUGGCUUUCUGGUGCUGCGCUUUCGAUGGCGAUCGUCGGCUUAUGGGGAGAUGGAGCUUGA